AUGGCUUUACCUGAAAUUGUAUAUAUUGAUGCUUCGGAAAGUGGUUGUGAUUUGAGAACAUUGCUUAAUAACUUGCUUAAAAUAUGUGAUUCGAAGUAUGAGCUCAAAAUCGAUUGCAAAUACUACUCAGCUGAUAUAAUAAUUCGAUCUGUAGACAAAUUAUGUGCUCUUAGCAAGUCACCAGAUUUUUUCAAUAUUCAUGGGGUUAUCAUUUGUUUUUCUGGGGAUAAGGUGUCUAGUUGGAAUGAUGCUCUUAAACUGAUGGGCUUGGCUAUUAGUAAUGACGUAUCUAUACGGAUGCUAGUGUGUAAUGCUGUUAAUCCGUCUAUUUUGUUUCCUUCUGAGCCAGAUGCUUUUUCGGUUAUGACACGCAUUAUUCUGGAUCAUGAGUUUGAGCUAGUUGAAAUUUCGCCAAAUGAAGAUACUAUUGAAGAAGGCGAAGAAUUUGGAGCAAAACGAAUAAUAUCUAUAUUGGAAACACAUAUUUGGCCAAAUAUGAAGCCUAAAGAUCAAAAUAAUCGAAACCAUUCAAAAUCAAUUACUAAUAAUCAAUCUUUAAAUAAUGAAAAUCAUUUAAAUUUAGUAAAUAAUUUAUCGAAUAAUAUAAAUAAGAUUCAUUUAAAUAAUAAUAAUAAUAAUGAAUAUAUCAAUUCAUCAUUAAAUAAUGAAAAUGAAUUUGAAGAAUUAUUUAAACAUUUACCAAUAAUACGUAAUGAGAUAGCUUCAUUAAAUUCUACCGAUAGAUAUAAUAUGGCUGAAAAAAUAACAUGUAAAAUUUGGAGAGCUAUUGGUGGUUCCGAGGAAGAGAUUGCUGGUUUACAACAUUCAGAUUCUGACUAA